UGAUAAAUAUACGCUAAUAUCUUUUUUCUAUGAAAGUAUCUGUAGUAUUGACAUAUAUUUAUUGAUUUUGAGCCACAAACUGCUUCUUAGGCAGUUAGGCAACACACACUCUGACACCACUGCACCAGGACACUGUAAAAAAUGGAGAUUAGUGACACUGCCGAGGCGGCUGAAUCUGAAGCACAAGCUAAGGCAAUCCAGCAAGUUGCCAGCAUGCUUCUUCGACCUGACCAGUUGGAUAAAGUUGAUCAAUACAGACGAAGAACUGCAAGAAAAAAGGCAUCGUUUGAGGCAAGAUUAAAAGCAGCUGUCCAAUCCCAAUUAGAUGGAGUGAAAGCAGGACUUUCACAAUUAACAGAAGCAUUAGAGGAAGUUAAAAAUGUGAAAAAGAAAAUGACUGAAGUUGAUGAAAUGUAUUUGUCUUGUGGAACAUUAAGCGAUAAAAUGAGAGAUAUUAAAGAUGUCAGUGCACAACAUCGUCAACUUGCUGCUGCAAUGGAAAAUUUAAAACAUAUCUUUGCUGUUCCUGAAGAAGUUGAAAAAGCCAGAGUGAUGAUCAAAAAUGGAGAUUUAUUGGAAGCCCAUAAAUCUCUCACUGAUCUGGAAACAUCUCGUGAUGAUUUGUUAUAUGAACAACACAAGCUGGAAAACAGGAGUACAGCAGAUAUGAAACAACUUCAGAGAUUUUUUGCGGAAGCUGAGACAUUAUCUAAUGAAUUAGGAAAUACAUUGUGGAAAAUUCUUCAAAAUGCAAUGACUAUUGUGAAAAAAGAUACAGGAGAUAUUGUUACUGUUCUCAGAAUUAUAGAAAGAGAACACAGAGCUGAUGUAAAGAUGCAAGAACAAGAAAGAUUCUCCGGUUUCAUUCCUCCUGAUCGUCCAAAACAAUGGAGAGAUAGAGCAAUGGAAACUCUAAAAACAGCCGUUGACGACAGGAUUGAAAGUGAUGUUUAUGAUACACGAGACACUGACAAAAUGUGGUUGGUUCGACAUUUGGAAAUAUUACGAAAAUACGUUCUGAAUGACUUGAGAAUCGUAAAAACAUUGUGCAGUCCAUGUUUUCCUCCUUCAUUUGAUAUUAUGGAACGAUAUGUGCAUUGGUAUCACCUCGCCCUCGCUAAUCAUCUCAACAAAUUAAUAAAAGAAGGAUUACAAGGAAAUGAAAUAAUAUCGUUACUAACUUGGUUGAAUGGAUAUACAGGACGAGAAUUACUAGGACAUCCUGAUCUUCAACCAGAGGUGGAUGUCAAUAGUUUACCUCAGUUACUUGAUGAUGAAGUCAGCGACCAGUUGAUGAUGGAUUACUUCGUUACUACACAACGAAAUAUGUCGGAAUGGACGCAAAAAUCGCUCGAACAAGAUUCAAAAGAUUGGAGAAAAGAAGAAGAACCAGAAACAGAUGCCGAUGGAUAUUAUAAAACAUCUCUUCCUGUUAUUUUAUUCCAGAUGAUAAAACAAACAAUGCAGGUCGCUGAGACAAUAUCUGAACUUCAGAAGAAAAAAGUAUUUGAUGUUUGUAUCAAGGAAAUGACAAAGUUUGUUAGAUCAUAUGCAGAAUCAGUUACAAGUUACAAAGAAGAACAUUUCAAGGAUCGGGAAUUCCCACCCUAUUAUCCACUGUAUAUGGUCGCUAUUGCGAAUAAUUGUGAAUCUUUCAUCGAGUUUGCUCAACAAAUGGAGAAAGAUUAUCUUGGAAAGAAAUCUGACUCUGGUCAAGGAAAUGAGAUAAAUGAACUGUAUAUGAUGGAUGCAGAUGAUGGAAAUCCAUUUGGUUCCUCAGUUGAAAAUCCUGAUGAAGAUGACUUGUUUCAUAAGUUUCGUAUAGAAAUGGAUCGAGUUGCGGAAGCUACUUGUGGUUAUCUUCUUGAUGAGGUUUUCAUGGAUUUGAAGAUUCACUGCGACAAUCUACUCACAAAACAAUGGUUGACAGAUGAAAGCAUUGUUGAAACAGUUUGUGUUACGAUUGAAGAUUAUUAUAAUGAUUUUGUUCAUCUAAGACCCAGAUAUUUUUCAUGGAUAAUGAAGGAAGCUGAAAGAAGAGUAGUUGUUGAAUACUUAAAGGGAGCUUUAGGAAGGCGAGUAAAAUUGGGAAACAACGAUGAACGAAAGAAAGCUGGUGAGAAAUUAUCAAAAGAACAGGAACUACUAAGUGCAUUCUUCGGUAGAUUAUCGUCAUCACGAUUUCGAUCUCCAUGCGAAGCUCUCAUUCCUAUUGCAGAAGUUAUUAAACUACAGGAUAAAAGCAUGAUGCCACUGGAAUUAUCAGGCUUAGUGACCAAAUACCGAGAUGCAAGUGUUGAUCAGUUGAAAGCACUUUUAGCCAUUCGUGGUGAUUUUUCAGCAAACGAAGCCAAAGAGAUAUGUGAAGAAGCCAUAUUAACAUCUUUAAAAGGCAACCAACCAAUGUCGAAAUUCACUCCAUUCAGUGAGGUAUCGAAACAACAGACUAUAGAAGUUCCAGCUUAUAAACCAGUAACAAACACUGCAUCUGGCUUGUUAGCUAGAUUAACGCAAUGAUCGGUUGCUUUGCGACGGAUUGGUAAAAUCAACCAGCAAUGGGUUUAAUCUGGUGGUUGCCGAUUUGUGUAUUUGCUUUGCAUAAUAUGAUUUCAUUCAUCAUACAGUUAUUCAUUUAGUCGCAUUUAGAACCUGUCAUUAUAUGAGAGAAUUAUGAUUGGAGAUGGGAAAAUUCGUACGCUGCAUUGCCAUUUCAUUUAUGUGCAUGCUAUUUUCACUUACCAAUAAUUAUGUCUAAAUAUGUUUAACAAUCAUAGCCUGGACCCCAUAUAACUCUGAUAUGUAUGUCUGUUGAUAUUUGCGUAUAACAAGGAAGACACUUAGGAGUAGCGUUUUUCUUUCUAUCAAUGUUUUAUAUAUUAUGUUUCACGUUAAUCAAUACUGUCAGUGUCACCUAUAUAGAGAUUUAUAAUAAAUUUAUUCAAGUAAUA